AUGGAUGUCAAUAGCAUUAUAUAAAUCUUCAUUCAACAAACUUUCCGAACUUUCCAAACUACAGUAAAAAUUGUACAGUUAAUAAUUUGUUCUUGUUUUUCAUUUAAAUCACCAUUAAAAAGCCUAAAAUGCCACAAAAUUCAACAAAAAUUCGUCACACUAAGGCUAGCAACCUUCGCACCUUGGUGAAUAAUUCAUGGGUCGCGGGUCAAGAAUCAGUCUCGCCUCCCCGACGCAGGCUGUCGAUGUCGCUUGGUAGGUAUUCUGGAAGUUGCACUCCAGGAAAGUUCAAUGGCAGCAGUGCCUCACCGCCCAUUUCGGUAAUGGACUCGGACACGGACCAGGGGUCUGACGACGAGACUAAGACAGACCCUGGGAAGUCCAACUCCAAGAUCCCAAGCCCAAGGAUAGACGCAAGCCCACCUGCUGCACAGCCACCGAGCCUCGUAACGACGGAAGACACUACCGUGGUCGGAACACUCCAAGGUGAAAGCCACACGCAAAUCAUCGAGGAAAAUCGUCUGAGGCUCAUUGAGAAACAAUACCAGAUUCUGAAAUCCCUUCAAUCGGAUUUUAUACGCUCAUUGGAGUCAUUAGAUCCGCAGGAGUCCGAGAUGAUUGGCACGUACAAAUUUAUGCCACUUGUGCUCGACGAGAACAACAAGUGGCUUGUCAAAAAUGAUGAUCUGACCCUGAAUUUGCCCGCCGAGAGUGUGCAAGAUCUUAAGGAUCGUUGCGAGGCUGCCGUUAACUCGGGCUUCAUGUUGCUCUACGACCAACUGGAGUGCGUCCAGUUGGCCAACGACGAGUUCGAGGCGUCGCAACAGAAGGAGAAGCUCCAAGUCAGCCUAGAGGGUCUUUUGAAACGCAAAGUGUGCACCAUCGUUGAGAGUAUCGAUCUGGCUUGUGGGUCAACUGAAGGCCAACAGGAUGAGCAUGACCUGCAUAUGUACCGCAAGAUAGACGAGCUGCAGAAACAGAAGGAGGUCAUGGAGGCGCGGAUCUUAGAGAUCACCGAGAAUCACAACGAACAGAUGAAUCGGCUCAAGGCAAGGUUUAAGGAGGAUCAGGAAAACCAUCAUUCGAAUUUGGAGGAGCUGCAGGAGAUGCUGAGCGCCAGCAAGGCACAACGAGACGAAUUGGAAAGGCAGCUGAUGAAUAAGGACAACGCCAUCGAAUCUGACAAGGAAAUGACUCUUAACCACCAGUUCGAGGAGUUGAGUGCUGAGCUUGUCCGGACACGGAAAGAGCUCAAAAGUAGCAAGGAUCAUAUAUCUUUUCUCGAGAGCAAGGGGAAGGUGGAUAGCGGGCUUAUAAAGAAUUUGCAAAAACGUGUGGAUGAACUGCAAAAAAGUGGUAUGUGGAUUCACUUUUGUAUAGCUAAAGUCCAGCAGGCUAUGGACAUGCAUCAGACAUCGCCCAUGUCCGUCAGCAGUGUGCAGCUGGUGCUUGCAGAUCUGGAACAUGCGAAGUCGGAUAUAUACAAAUCCCAGCAAUUGGUGGACAAGUUGAAGACACAGGCGGAUCGCGACCAGAUGAUGCUAUGCAGGUGCAACGCAGAGCUCAACACCCUUCGUCUGAAGGAUACUGAAAAACAAAAAGCUUAUGUAGAACUUUUAUUGGAGUCUGUCAACAACGACACGCUGAUAGAUCAGAUGCGCCAAAAGCUGAACGCGAUGGGGGAUCAGCUAUCUGAUUUCGUUGGAAAACUGGAGCUCCAUAUGCAGGAAAUCAGACGCCUGAAGGAGUUUAAGAACUUUUUGUUGGAGGAAAACGCUCGCAUCGAGCAGCAAAGGGAAGGAAUAUAAGGAAGCCAAAAACGAUGGGGAACAGCAGGUUGAAAAACUAACGUAGCAGCUAUAAAUACUGCAAUUGGUCGCCAUUUCUACCCCUAAUAUAAUUUGGAAGGAAUUCCGAUUUGAAGUCAGGAAUUUGAAGACUUUCUUCUGCACAAAGAAAAUCCGCCAACUUUAAUUGAAGGCCUCAUCAACGUUUGCAGAGUAUGCGAACUCUGAAUCUGGGGCAUAAUCAGCUGCCCAGCAGCAUUUUCAGCUCAACCAACAGAUACUGGAGCAGGAUCAGUCAGACCAUCAAAUGAACCAACACGAGCCCAUACAGAUCUCUUUUUUGCACCGAUCCUUUUUCCACCAUUGCGUACAACUACAGCCUACACAGCAUUUUCAACAACAGCAAUGACCAAGGCUAGUCAGACAUCAUAAAACACAUAUAAAUUAUAUAAAUGCUGUACCAUAAAUACCCCUAUGCAUCUUGA